AUGACCUUUGUCAAGAAGGGUGGAAGAGAUGCAAGGGUGAAACCAGAAUACCCCGAUUGGCAUCAGAUGAGAGUAAAAGAUAUCAAGGUACCUCCUCCUACCGAUCUUGAGGCUGCAGUAGGUGAAGAGAUGGAGGAUAUAGUUAUGAAGCUGACAAUGCAGUUGAAAAGGCAGGAAGAUGACGCUGAAGCCCAAAGGAUAGCAGAGGUUAACCGGCAACUAAUGAUAAGGAUAGAGGAAGUAGAGAAAAAGGCUGAGGAAAUGAGCACCAAAUGCAGAGAAGCAGAGGAAGAGGUUAAAGGUGAAAGGAAAUUGAAGGAAAAGGCCAUGGCUCAAAACCGAGUGCUCAAAAGGGACUUCGAAGCUGAAUGUAGGGAAAGAACCAGUUUGGCCAAGAAAAACAAAGCUGCUAAGAUAGCAAACAGUUACCUCAUGGAGAAAUUGGACUUUGAAAUGGGAGAAAGUUCUAAAAAUGCCUAUGACCAGAGAUGUGAGCAGAUACGCUUUCUUCUGGAUCAGAUCAGGGUUGGGUUGCUCCAGGUAAAGGACAUCAGGGAUCAAGCCAGAGAUGUGUUGCCAUGCCUAGCCCCAUUCGGUCAGCGUCUCCAGCCAGUAGCCGAUUCCUUGGAAGACACUGUCAGCAAGUGCAAUGAAACCCUCGUCUACUUCAGACAGUUUGAAACAUCCUUUCACACGAUCAUGGAAGAGUACGUCGCUAGACUACAGCGGGUGGAACAGACCCAGGAAGAAUUGAGAUGGGAUAUGAAGAAUAUGGCAGCAAUGAUACAACAGUUGGUAGAAGAGAGGAUCAUGGACAAGUUGCCUUUUACAUGCCCACCGGUUGUAGGAUUCAAGCCCUUAAUUCCUGAUCCUCCCAAGUUUCCAGUAAGGCCUCAGGGAUACUACCUUCAGAACCUUUGUCAUUCUCGAUAUUCGGGGGUUGUUAAAGUUGAAGGCGAAACGCCUUUUUACCCAAAGCCCCAAAACAAACGUCUAAGAGCACCUCGAGCAGCUCAACAAGGGAAUUCAGCAAAUCAGCCAGGUAGUAAGGAUCUAGCAGUUGAAGAAAUACCAAUUGAUCCAAUCCCGUACACUUACACUGAACUGCUUCCACAAUUAUUGCAACGGAACCUGGUACAAAGGCUGCCAUACUCAAAACCUUUCGCGAAAGCUAAACCCUGGUAUAACCCCAAUGCCCACUGUGAUUACUAUUCGGGGACUAAGGGACAUUUUACAGAAGACUGUAUAAGGCUAAAAUACGCUGUACAGGAAUUAGUGAGAGAUGUUACCACAGUUAUUACAACAAAGGUUACUAAGUUAACUACACCUUUCAAUACAAUUCAGUGGAAUACUCAAAAAGCAACAUGGACCGGACAAGCAAGGGAAAGAGAGUCCAUAGACCCAAUCCCUUACACUUACACAGAGAUGUUACCACAAUUAUUACAACAAAGGUUACUGGAAAGGCUACCAUAUGCUCAACCGUUACCGUUGAAUCGCCGACCUAGGUGGUACAACGCUGAUGCAAGAUAUGACUAUCACUCAGGAACAGAGGGGCACACAAUAGAGGAUUGUCUAAAAUUGAAGUAUGCAGUCCAAGAGCUGGUAAGAAACGGCAAGUUGAGCUUCGGUAAAACGGCUCAAGCUGACCAGACACAAGAGCAAAGUGAUAACCAGGUGUCUAUGGUGGGAAGCGGAGAAGUCCUGAGAAAAAAAACUAUACGAGGUCGAGACACCUUUUGGCUUCAUAUACAAGUAGCACCCUUCCUCUUAUUAUUGCCAGCCUUGGUGGUGGUGCCGCCACAACCUUUCCCUUAUGAGUUAGGGGGUAUUCAUAUAAACAAUGGGUCGGCGUUGAAUAUAAUGACUUUAAAUACCCUAAGGGAUUUACCGGUAAAACCCGCAUUCAUUCAAGUCGGCCACAGGAAGAUUCGAACCCCAGAUGAGGAAAUGAGAGAGGUUAUUGGGGAAGUAGAGAUUUGCAUGGAAAUUGGGUCGACUCUUUUCUCGUUGCUGUUCCAAGUAGGGGAUAUGGAAGCACCUUAUACAUGCCUAUUAGGUCGCCCUUGGGUCCAUUCGGCCCAAGAAGCUACGAAAGUAACCCCUACAAAAAGCCAGGAAGGCGUGAUCAUUAGUGAAACCGGAACGCAGUCGUAUGGGCACCCAUUUCAGGUAAACAAGGCUAGCCAUGCUGAAGAGAUGAAGAAAGACGUGACCAGAUGUUGGAUGGAGGGUCAGAGUCUAGGAAAAGAUUCUCAGGACAAGACAGAGAUAGUGGGAGACCUUACUAUAAGUCCGGGGUUCGGAUUGGGUUUCAAGCCUAUAGCAAAAGAUCACCAGAUGUUGGAUGAUGCAAGGAAAAUGAUGAAGGCUGAAAGGUUGGAUAUACUACGGUUGUCACAAACCUUCAGAUCAGCUGGAUGGGUCAGUGGGGAAAGUCAGCCUGGGCAGAAAGAGGAAGCUGUUAUUCAAAAGAAAGUCGGACUCACCAUCAAUGCAAUCACAAAGGAAGGAGCAAGGACAUCUUCAUGGAUUUAUCCUUUGGCUGCAGGAGAAGGAGCUCCUAGAGAAGUUAAGAUCGGUAUCACCCUGUCAGAAGAAGAUAGACAGGAAUUGAUAGAUUUGCUGAAGGAGUUUUCAGAUGUGUUCGCUUGGUCUUAUCAGGACAUGCCAGCCAAAUACCCUGAAUGGCAAGCUAAUAUAGUCCCAGUACCUAAGAAAGAUGGGAAAGUAAGGAUGUGUGUGGAUUACAGAGAUUUGAACAAAGCUAGCUCCAAGGAUAACUUCCCAUUACGCCAUAUAGACAUAUUGGUGGACAACACUGUAGGAUACUCAUGGUUCUCCUUCAUGGAUGGGUUUUCAGGGUAUAAUCAGAUCAAGAUGGCGCCCGAAGACAUGGAAAAGACUGCAUUCGUAACUGCUUGGAGAGUCUUCUGCUACAAGGUUAUGCCUUUCGGACUAAAAAAUGCAGGGGCAACAUACCAGAGGGCCAUGGUGGCAUUGUUCCAUGAUAUGAUGCAUAAGGAAAUAGAGGUGUAUGUGGAUGAUAUGAUUGCCAAGGCCAGGAUGCCGAAAGAACAUAACGAGAAUUUGAGGAAGUUGUUUGAAAGGCUAAGAAAAGUCCAACUCAAGUUAAACCCUAAUAAAUGUACAUUCGGGGCAACAUCAGGAAAGUUGCUAGGUUUUGUGGUAAGUGAGAAGGGGAUAGAAGUAGAUCCCGAUAAGAUCCAAGCCAUACAGGGGUUGCUCCCUCACAAACUCAAAAAGAAAUCCACCAGUAUUGGUCCCACCAAUAAAGGGAAGGCCUUUAAUUUUGAAAAUUCAAUGGGGUGUGUAUUGGCGCAACAACAUGAUACAGAUCCGAUCAAGUAUGUGUUCGAAAAACCCGGGUUGUCAGGAUGGAUUGCUAGGUGGCAGGUCCUCUUAUCAGAAUAUUAUAUAGUAUAUGUCUCCCAGAAGACAAUCAAGGGAAGUGUCAUAGCAGAUUUCCGAGCAGAUCGGACAAGAGAAGAGUACGAACCGAUGAAUUUUGAGUUUCCGGAUGAAAAUUUGAUUCCCCAUGUCAAAAAGGUUGAGAAGACUGAGGAAAAAUGGAUAGUAUAUUUCGAUGGGGAUUCAAACUUAUCUGGUCAAGGCAUCGGAGCAGUACUUGUGUCCCCUGAAGAAUAUUAUUAUCCGGCCACAGCCAGACUGAAAUUUCCAACAACUAAUAAUGUGGCAGAAUAUGAGGCUUGUGUCCUAGGAAUUCAGUUGGCAUUAGAAAGGAAAGUAAAAAGAGUAGAAAUAUAUGGGGACUCAGCCUUGGUGAUUUAUCAGAUGAAAGGAGAAUGGCAAGCCAGGGAUUCAAAGCUAGUACUCUAUAAGGACCACGUCUCAGAAAUGAUCAAAUCGUUUGAAGAAGUGACAUUCCAUCACCUGCCCAGCGAAGAUAACCAAAUGGCAGACGUUUUGGAAACUAUGGCGUCUAUGUUCAAAAUAGGGGCAAAGACAGAAAUUCAACCCAUCUAUGUCCAAACCAGGAAUUUGCCUGCACAUGUCAUGAGUGUGGAAGAUAAGGCAGACGGGAACCCUUGGUACUUUGAUAUUCUCCAAUACCUUAAAAAACAAAUAAAUUCGGAACAUGCCACUGAGGUAGAUAAGAGAACACUCAAGAGGAUGGCUGCAGGAUAUUUUUUGAGUGGAGAAACGCUGUAUAAGAAUGGAUGGGAUGGAACUCUAAUGAGAUGUGUGGAUUCGGCAGAAGCGCGGAAAAUUUUAGAAGAAAUCCACGGAGGAUCCUAUGGGAGUCACGCCAAUGGACACAGGAUGGCUAGGCAGAUAAUAAGAGAGGAUGUCAUCGGAAUGAUUACUCCCAAGGCGUCAAAUGGACACCAAUUCAUCCUAAUGGCAAUAGAUUACUUCACUAAAUGGGUGGAGGCUGCUUCUUACCCAAGCGUCACACAGGUAGUGGUAGCUCGGUUCAUCAACAAAGAGAUCAUCUGUAGGCCCAAAAUGAAUGGGGCAGUUGAAGCAGCAAACAAGAACAUCAAGAAGAUCUUAGAGAAAAUGAUAGUGACGUAUCGGGAUUGGCACGAGAAAUUACCUUUCGCCCUCCACACCUACCAAACUUGUGUCAGAACGUCCACCGAGGCAACCCCUUAUUCUUUGGUAUAUGGGAUGGAGGCGGUAGUGCCGAUAGAGAGGUUAAGGUCGGAAGGAACAAUAAAGGAAGAACAUGAGGGGAUAGAAGCAGAACCGCUAAAACAACAGCUAGAAAUAGUCAGACAAUCAACUGAGAUGCUAGAAGGAUUACAAAACAGGUAUCUAAAUGACCUAGAAGUGCAGCAAAUGACAACAAUGCCAGGUGGAUUAAUUUACCAUAGGGAGGAGCCAUCUAUACCAAUGCAGGUUGCAAAUGAUUCAAACUCUGCUGAAAGUAGCCAAAUGGGGGUUAAGAGAGGAGAGCAGACGAGGCAGAAAACAAGAGAGGAGUUGGAGUUUGAGUUGAACCUACAAAUGGAACAACAAAAUCUGAAGAUGGUUGAAAGUCAGAUCAUUCUAAACCCAUCAGCAAGGGAGAAUGCAUCCUCAACAAAUCAGUGUACCAAUCAAGAAAGCCAGUCUUCAACUCUACUCUUGAGACCAGGAAUCCUGGUCAAUGCAACUAGCCCUGGCUUCAUUUGUACAAUAAAUGAAGAAGAUACAGUGUCAGCCUUUCUAAAGGACACACUAUCGCAACGUCCGCCGGGGGGGGGGAUAAAAGUAAAGGACACCGAAUUUGGACAAAACCAGACAAGAGGAGACCAAAUCAAACUAAUAUCUGUUAUUUUGAGAAAAAAGCCUCAACCUUACCUUGUCGCUUUCACUUCCCUUCGUCGCCUGAAAGUUGCACCGUCGCUGCCGCUGCCGUGUCGGAGUUCCAAACCGUUGCCAAUGAAGCCAGAAAUCUACCAUACAUGUAAAUCAGUGUAUGAGUCUGAAUAUGCCCUUCAUUUGUCUCUUAGUACAGAAACAGGACCACUGGAGGAAGAGAAAGACAAGCCCCAUGAUGGCCCUCUCGUAGAAGAAGACAUAGAAAGGGAGGCUGAAAAGCACAGUGCAAAAAGGAAAAGAAUGGAAGAUGAAUUUGCAGAAACAGAACUGGCAGAAAAGACAAAUGUGAAGCAGAGAAUGAAAGAUAUUGAAAAGGAGGACAGGUUGAAAGAUGACAACAUUGAACUUCCAACUGUGGGUUCCAGGCUUGCUGUCCCGCAACAACAGCCAAGGGCACCAUGA